AUGGCCAGGCACCGUGAUCGGGCAGCAGGUGAUGUUAUUCGCCAAUUCCCCCAAUCUCGGCGCAGGUCCUUGUUUGAUUUGAAACACCUCGCUCCCAGCGACGAUAUCACCACAGACUCGGAAUCCAUCUACAGCGACGAAAAGGAAAUCUUCAAUGCCCUCGUCGUACCUUCGCCCAGUCGGGAUUCUCGUGGAUACGACACUGGAUAUCAAAUGGGGCCUAUCAUGGAAGAAGGGCUAGCAGCGAAUCUUGCCAUGUUCAUUCAGACCAGUAGCUCUAGCAGCAGCCCUCCUUUGACAGCACAUCAUUACAGUGGGAAACCAGAACGCACAAAAGCAGAUACCCUGUGGUGGCGCCAUCCAGCGCUUUCUGAUCCCCUGAAUCAUCCACAACUGCCAGUGAGCCGUCUGCGUGAGACAUUGUCCACGAUCGGAGCUGCUCAAACUCAUCGAAAAGCCCUCUCCCUCGAUACAGUUCAUACCAAUGAAAGAACGUCCAACUGGCCAGGAAACCCAGGGCCAGCAGUCAUGCCUAAUCAACCGCAGCACCCUCCGCCAGAAAGAAUUCCUACCCCUCCAGGCCUUCCCUCGUUCAACACGCCCGAGGCAGUAUACUGCUCUAAUCAAUUUCUCGCCGUACAGGGUGGCGGACGCUUCUACGCUCAGCGAAACGCAACUGGUGCUGACCAAAGCCCAACUUCCUAUGGCGAUGCCUUUCGGAGACUCUUGGGUCUACAAGCCUCGGUCGACACGAGGCCGGGCAUGCAGUCUGCUGUAGGCAUUGGACGAGCCGAUGAUGGAACUAUAGUCCACGGUCGAUUUCCGUAUCGACAAAGCGGGCAUAAUGCCAAUAUGGCUCGGCAGAUACAUGAUCACCCUUUUCACCAGACCACCCUCGCUAUCACGGAAUCUGGCGAUAGAACCGAAACCGAAGGGGGUGGCUCAAAGGAUGACAAUGUGAAUCUUCAGCCGAGACGACGGGUCCGGGACUACGUGCCUCCUUCCAUGGGGAGAUUAUGGCCGUUCCAGGAUGGACUUUUGUCCUCUACGCCCGAGUCUUCUGUGACACAAUCGGGAAUUACGGAUAGAGCCCAUUCGUUCUUCGGAAUUCCACGUACCUCGACCGAUCCAAGUCGUUCAAAUGGUGUAUCAUCUACCAGCCGUCGCCGCGCAGAAACCACCAUGAAUCACAUUCCUUCACACCAUUCUCAGCUCCAGUCAGUUCAGGCCAUCGACGACGAUAACGACGACGACCAGGGCUUGGUUCCCGAGGGUACACAUUCAGCCUCUGAGAUUCUUUGCUGGCUACCAGUACAGCUAUAUCUCUGCUGCCUAUUGAACCCCUGUCCUUUCCAGGAUCGUCUUGAGGAAGUGGAAGGGUUGCAGACUACCAAUUCCCAAGAUACAUACGUGACUGCGCAGAGUCGGCCUUCGAAUUCUACGACUCCCUCUGCAGAGCUUCGAGAGGUACCGAAUCGGUUUGGGAAGAUUGAGUUUCCACAUUGGAUUGGGGUGGGUUUGGGUCGUGUUUUACCUGUGAUAUCGUCUCGGGUGUCCGGUGUUGUUCAGUCGAGUCGUUGA